AUGAAUCACAAAAAUGGAUCCCGGGGCAGGGUGGAAGAGAGACAGCCCAAGAAACACAAACCAAAGCGUAAGGUUUCGGAGCUAGACGAGAUCGCAGCUAAGCGGAGACGAACUCAGGCCUGUCGUGCUCAGCGAGCCUUCAGACAACGCAAGGAAGACACCAUAACAUCUUUGAAUGCGCAGAUCGCCGGUCUUAACAAGACGAUUGAAGGCUUGAACGCAUGCUUCCUCACCUUGACUGAUGAGUUGGUUGCUUCUGGAUGGCUUGAGCACAAUCCGCAGGUGACGAAAGCAGUACAGAGAGCGAUUGAACGCUUCAUCACCAUUGUUCGAGUAUCACAUGUCCCUCAGGAAGACGACCAGACCGUCAGUGAUUGCCACAGCUCUGGUUCAAUGACCACGGGGUCACUGGCCCCAGAGAUUAGUCUUGACAGGCCGCAUGACACUGGUACUUCGGAACGUGAAGAGACGGUAGUUCAAUCUGUGCGCAACGCUGCGCCAUGGGAAGCAGCUAAUCAACCAUCGGAUUUUCAAAGCUUUCCUUGCGAGCUUGUGCCGGCUCACAACAACACAGUCAACUUCAUGUCACAGCUGCGGAUUCCGGGAUCGAUGGACCCGCCCAAUCCUACCUUUGCCCAAAGGCUGCACUUCCAAGCAAUACGGGCCGGUCUACGACUUGUAUGCACUGCCGAGGACCGCUCGAUGGAGUUCUACCGAGUUUUCAACCGUGUCCUCGAUUUCCACACGCGUGAAGGGCUCAGAGCGCUCCUGAACAAGAUCUUAAACGACAACUUCAAUCAAUUGCUUCAGCCGCCACUUGAGAGCGAUGUGGACAGGUCAUGGUCGGGAGGGUUGUCCUGUGCUUGGUUGAACGCCUCUGACGUUGCCCGAUACUUUCGUACGAUAGGGAUGGAUUUUGAUGGGUCUCAGGGCAUCGUCACCGUCAAAAUGCAUCCGGGAUCCUUCCUGGCGAGACUGCUCAAUGCUCAAGGGCUGCCUGCGACAGGUCUCAUCACGCUUUGUGGUGACGGUUUGGAGGAAUCACCACAUCAACAGCCGCCACACGAUCUGGCAUGUCUCUCCAGCACCGCACACCACUAUUUCACAGCAACCGCCCAAGAUGCGAGCUGCUUUGGGAUAUUCGCCAAUAAUAUUGCCUACACCACCCGAAGCCAUAACACGUCACAUAUAUCCAUUGACGUAUCAAGGCUGAUACAUGAGAUCGUGCUCAGGACACGUUGUUUAGACAGGUAUCCGGCAUUCAAUAGAAAUGAUUUGGAUGAUGCGCUCGCGAGAGCUGUGAUCGAGACGCACAAACUGAAAUAGCUCGGAUAAACUUACAAGGGCUGCCACUUACAAAAUAUUCAGCAACGUGACUCGGCGGUACAGACCGGUCACGAUGUGGAGGUCUUCGAAUGCGAAAUACCUCGUCCCAUCCUAUCCAGCUUCGUAAGCCACCAGACUUUGAGGCUGUGAUGGAUCACGUUGGGAAUUGGUUCGCACCACCUCGAUUUCGGCCCGACGACCACUCGACGAAGACUUUGGUCUCGGUACGCUUAAGUUGCACCUGGAUGCUCACCACUGGUACUUGUGCACUCAUGGUUGGUUGCUUAGGCACCCGUUACCAAAACGGGCUCCACCGCCCUUUUCCUACUGCAGGGACGUUGUGUAUUUACAAUGCUUCAAAUCUGCUGCUCAUCCAUCUAUAAUUGACUGUUUCAU